AUGGCCGACGACCUUGACUCCCUCGUCAAGGGAGCGCCUUUGCCUGGACGCGACAUACCCGCCACCCGACCGACCAGCGGCGUGUUUGGCAGCGAUGCCGGCGGCAAUGGCUCCGACGGAGGCUCGGACACGGGCUCCAUCGCCGCCAGCACCGGCGCCAAGGCCAGCGACCCGCUGUCGCACACGCCCAGCUCGCCGUCCAUGAUCUACCUCAACCUGCUCAUCCUCGAGGCGUCGCUUCGUGCGCAAUACCUGGCCCUGCGGGCCCGCCGCCGCCACCACACGUUUUUCCUGCUGAUUCUGGGCACCUGGAACCUGGGCUUCGGCUAUGCGCUGUUCCUGGCUCCGCGCGAGGACGGUAGCGGCGUCGGCGGCUCUGUCUACUGGGUCGUCGACGUGCUCGAAAAGGUGUGCUUUAUGGGCGGCAUCAUCACGGCCGCCCUCGUCUGGGCCACCGGCAUCUGGGACCGCGGCGUGCGCUGGCCGCGCCGCUGGUUCAGCGUGUCGAACCGCGGCCUGCGCCACAUCAACUGCAAACUGGUGCUGCUCAAGCGGCCGUGGUGGGCCGAAUGGCUGGCGACGCUCGGCUGGUUCCUGACCUACGGCCUGCUGUCCAACUCGGGCGGCGCCUCGUCGUACCGCUACGUGGAGCCGGCGCUGCUGCGCGAGGUCGACCGCGAGCUCAACCUGAACACGGGCGCGGCCGGCGGGCACAACCACCCGUCGGUGCCGUCGUCGUCGGUCGGGCUCGAUCGCGACGAAGAAAAGGGCGGCAGCGGCCUCCGCCGGCAGGGCACCGCGUUUGGCCACACCGGCGGCAGCAACAACAACAACGGACACGAAGAGGAUCUGGCGCCCGGCGGCGACUAUGUCAAACUGCUGCUCCUUGCCAAGCCCUUUUCGCCCACCUUCCGCGAGAACUGGGAGCUGUACCGCCAAGAGUACUGGGACCGCGAAAACGAGCGCCGCGCCCUCGUGCGCCAGAAGCUCAAGGAGCAGGACCGUGCCCUGCGUCGUGCGACCGGCGGCUGGUUCUGGUGGCUGCCCGGCCGCGGCGUGCCGCACGGCCACCUCCACCAUCACCACCACCACCCGCACCGGCCGCACACGCCCCGCGGUGGCAGCGAAACCGGCGCCGCUGGCACCGGCGAGAAGCACGGCCACCACCCGCAGCACCCGCGGCACGCGGCCGUGGAGCGCGAGCACCGCCGGACGCGCAGCAACAGCUCGCGUCGGAGCAGCAUGUCCAUGACAGCAGUGCCUGUCGGUGGUGGCGGUGGCGGUGGCGGCGGCAGCGGCGGCAGCGGCGGGACACAGACUACAAGCUCGCGCAGUGCGACGCCCACACUGGAUGUCGACGACACGGGCGAGUCGGUGGUCACGCGCAAGACGAGCACGGGAUCGAGCGCGUCGGAGCGGCGACGAAAGAAGUCGUCCGUCUCGGGGCCGCGUCGGCCGGCUGUGACGUCCGACUCGCGCUCUGUUACGCCCGACAUUCCGUCGCCGCUGGCGAACGAGAGCAGCGUCUCGUCGGCUGCGUCCGAGGGCCGGCGGGGCAACCGGGCAUGA